CUCUUUUCAGGAAGUGCUGGAACAGAGGAAAUUUUAUUGUCGUGGUAAAUAAAAAAAGGUUCCUCGUUUGUAACUCUUAUAAUCAGGUGUGGUAUGUUUGCACGUUCACAUAACUUCUAUCCCAGAGAGAGAGAAGCAAGCGUGUCUGCGUGUGAUGAUCCGAGCAGAGAUGGCUGCAGUGACUCUUGUGGAUCUCACACAUGUCCGCUGUUCACAGUACGACAUUUGUGUGAAAAAGCGCAUCAGCGAGUUCUGUGCAUUGACCGCGAAUGGCUCACAGGAACCGGUCUUCAUCAUAGCGGAUCCAGAGAGCUCCGUGGGGACGGACAGAUUUCCAAGAAGCUCUAUUCUGGAGAUGUUUAUCGGUUUCAGCAAUUCCCCACAGGUCCUGUGCAAAAGCUCUCUUUCAGCCUCAUUAUACUCGUUCAAACAGGCUAUAGACAAAGAGGACAUUAGUAAUGUGAAGAUUAUGACCUCGAGCCACGGGAGAGGAGUGUUUCAGGUCUACCAGGAGCUCCUCUUCACUUCUGCGUAUAAUUUUGAGUACACUAUCAUGUUUGACAACCUGUCCUGUGACUCCUGUCCCCUGAGUAACUGCACAGCCAUCAGCACCGAGGCAGCUGAUGCUAAACACGAGCUCGGCACGUUCCUACAGCACCUACCAGCGGUCAAAGGAGACAUUACAGUUCUUAAAUCUUCUUUAAUUUCAGACUGCUUUGGUCAUGGCUUCACCACUCGUACUGGAGGUAUCUCCUACAUCAGCACCCUGAGCUCACUGAACCUCUUCUGUAACCCUCGGCGCAAAGACUCCAGAGCUGUUGUGGCCGAGAACAUCCGCCGGCUUGGCCUGCGGGCUGGAUUUCACCCUCAUCAGUUCAACCUCAUAAAGUGCAAUCAUGCCAGUGAUGUGUGGGUGAUGGGCAAACCCGCCCCCGACAGUUACGACGGAACGGUGACCAAUCAAGUUGGAGUUGUCAUAGCAGCACCAGGGGCCGAUUGCAUGCCGCUGCUCUUCACUGACCCCGUGAAAAAGGUCACUGGAGUGGCACAUGCAGGCUGGAAGGGGACCCUCAUGGGAAUUGCCAUGGCAACAGUGAAAGCCAUGGUGUCAGAGUUUGGCAGCAGGCCUGCAGACAUUGUGUGUGUGAUCGGGCCUUCUGUUGGGCCAUGCUGCUUUACUCUGGAGCAAGAUUCAGCCAGAGAGUUUCAGGCCAUACACCCAGACUGUGUUCGAAACAUGGACUCAUCUAGACCAUAUGUCGACAUCAGACUCGCAACCAGAAUCCUGCUGGAGAGAGGUGGGAUUAAACCUGAACACAUCGAGGACAUCAGGAUCCCAGACCAGUCUGAUUCCACACUGUGCACCUCCUGCCUUCCUGAAUUAUUCUUCUCCCAUGUAAGAGAUGGACUCGACUUUGGGACACAAAUUGGCUUUGUGUGGAUCAAAUAAUCCUGCAUGAGCUCUGACUGAAUAUGAAUGUUCAUUUAAGAAAUGUGUCUAAAAGCCAGUAUAUAAAUCUACUAAUAUAAUAAAUUAAUUUGUAUGGGAUUACCA